AUGGCUGCGCAGCCGGAGCCAAGCAGCAGCGGCGGCGACGGCGGCGACCAUUGCCAUAGCAGCAGCAGUCUAGCGGGAAGCGGGGGGCAUGAGGAGAUGGUCGAAGAAGCGGCCGAAGAAGGGCCGGUGAGGGCGGCCCCCGCGGGGGGAGCAGAGACGCCUUUCAGCUACGAGGAGUACGAGUGCCGGAUCUGCUACAACCUCUUCGACCUGGAGCGCCACGCGCCCAAGCUGCUCGAGUGCCUGCACACCUUCUGCCUGGAGUGCCUCCGCCAGCUGCACCUGCGCGCCGCCCACUCGGCGCAUGACAGCAGCGGGGGGGAUGGCAACAGCGACCACCAAGGUGCCGCCAUCAAGUGCCCGCUAUGCGCCCACCGCACAGUGCCACCGGGGGGCAGCCCGCACAACCUGCCCACCAACACCAAACGGCAAGAGGCCAGUCUGCUGCAGUUGAUGCCGCUGCUGGAAGAGAGCCUCUUUCCGCGUCUGGUUCUGCAAGCGUCUGGGCCUGCCUGCCAGCGCCCCCUGCCGGAGCAGAGCAGCGUGGCCGCGACGACUUCCACCGACUCCUUGGCCAAUAAUGGAGAACAAUCGACUUCCUCUCAAGACAGGACGAGCCGAGAACUGCUGGGCUGCGUUUUCGCCGUCUCCCUCAUGCUGCUGUUUAUGUUCCGCUGGAUGGACCGACUCACGUUCAUUGUCUUCCUCGGCCUCCUCCUCGGCCUCCUCCUGUGCUGCUUCAUCCCUUUCAUGUGGCUGCUUUUGGACAUCAUGCCAAACCGGAGGCAAACUCACCUUGUCCGCCCCCCGCCCCAUGAUAUCUGAAUUAUCGGAACCGUGAUUCCUGGACCCAAGCAUAGUUCUGAUUUUGUGCCC